AUGUUCGCCUCUCGCGCUGUUUCCACCAUCGCCAGGCGUGCCCCUGUCAGGGCUUUCGUCAAGGCUCGUCCUUUCACCUCGUCGAUGACUCGCCUCGACAACAAGCUCAACGUCCCCGGCAAAGUCGUUCCCUACGAAGGUUUGCAGACCCGAUUUCUUCCCAAUUCGCAUGUCCCUCUCACUCUGUCGGUUUUUGAUAUCAAGACCGAGGACGACCUUCUUCCCCCCGGAAGCAAGCCCGGAAGCGUCCCCACUGAUAUCGAACAGGCCACCGGUCUGGAACGUCUCGAAUUGAUCGGAAAGAUGCAGGGAAUUGAUGUUUUCGACCAGAGGCCUCUCGAUGCUUCUCGCAAGGGAACCCUGGAAAACCCAAUUCUGGUUACCGGUGGUGGUGAUGAGCAAUACGCUGGUUGCACCGGCUACCCUGCCGACUCUCACAUUGUCAACUGGUUGACUGUUUCCCGCGAGCGCCCCAUUGAGCGCUGCAACGAGUGCGGCAAUGUCGUCAAGCUCAACUACGUUGGCCCCGAGGAAGACCCCCAUGCUCACGACCACGGCCACGGCCACGGCCACCCCGCCUACGAGGAGCCCAAGACUUUUGCAGACUACGUCAAGCCCGAGUACUGGUACCGAUAA